CCAUAUUUGAUUACUGGAUACAUUCAAGCACUAUUCACGCUAUUCAUUGUGUGUGUUGUGGCAUAUAUUCUUGUGCAGUUCAUUUGGUCUGUACGGCAUGAUUUACAGUUGAAGACUGACGAGUUUUCUCAAGAAAUGACCCAGCAGAUUGCUCUGUGCAGCAAAUCAUAUUAUGAAAAUAAAUGUAUGCCUGGACAGCGGGUUCCUGCAAUGUAUCAGGCCUGCACUGAAUGGGAGAUUUGUAUGUCUCGAGAU